AACCCAUUUAAAAAAACAUCAACAAAGGUUGGAAAAAAAAAUUUCAUACUCUCAGAGCCUCUUCGUCCAUUUUUUGCCGAAAAGCUGGAGAGAGUAUCGACGAAACUUUAGAGCAAAAGAUUUAAAACAAAAUGAAAAAUCUAGUAAUUCUUUCUGAUGUGGAAGAUCGGACUUAGCCGUAACCACAUAGCAUACUUAGAACGAGACUAGAGGGAAGUAAUGGAGGGAGAAAGAAGUAUAAAAGUGGUGGUGUGAGUUGGAAUGGGGGGAUGGGGUGGUUUUUAUAGGGAGGACCACAGAGCAUUCACCGUUCUGGUCCACGACGGUGAAGCAAUCCCCGCAAUUCACAUGGGCGGUGAACUGCGCGGAUCGAUGACGUGGCUCGGUUUGAGGCGUCAGAUCUGGGAGAAAAACCAGAAUCCACGCCUCACCGCAUCUGACGGUGACAGUGAAGUGCGCGAGUGGCGCGGAUCGAUGAUGUGGACAGGGCGGGCUAUCACCGCUUUUGUUCAAAAUAGUGAAGUGCCCGCGCGUGUCCACGUCAGCGAUACGCGCCACUUCACCGUUUUGCACCACAGCGGUGAAGCGUUUACCGUUUUGGACAAAAGCGGUGAUGGUUUCCCCGCCUUUGUCAAAAACGGUGAACACUUCACCAUUUUUGUUUGCAGCGGUGAUGAUAUUCACUGUCUUGGUCCGCAGCGGUGAACCCCAAACUGCUGUAUUUUGGGCAACAUUUUCAUAAGUACUAUAUUUUGGGAAUAUUUUUUACUAACUAGUGUAUUAUGGGAUUUUUUUCUAGUAAUUUCGUUAAUUAGUUUUAGUCUUGUUGUUGAACUGGGAAAGCAGAUGCUGCGGGAGGACAGAAGGCGGAGGGAAGAACGGAGACAUGGCGGCGUUGUUUCGUAAGGAAGGGCGCUCAGCGGGUGGAUUAGUAAUUAAAACGAGGACAUUUAAGUAAUAUUGGAUGUUUUAGGACAGAUAAAUUUAAAUACUUAGG